UCGUCUCACAAUUUUUUUUUGUGUCAAUCUAGAACUUCUUCCUGCUCUCCUCUUCCAUGGAUAAAACGGUGCGAUUGUGGCACAUAUCGAGGAGAGAGUGUCUCUGCUGCUUUCAGCACAUUGAUUUCGUCACAGCCAUUGCUUUCCACCCCAGAGACGAUAGAUACUUUUUAAGUGGCUCUCUGGAUGGGAAGCUACGACUCUGGAACAUUCCUGACAAGAAGGUGGCGCUGUGGAACGAGGUGGACGGCACAACACGCCUCAUCACGGCAGCUAACUUCUGCCAAAAUGGGAAGUACGCUGUCAUCGGAACGUACGAUGGCCGGUGCAUCUUCUAUGACACGGAGCGUCUGAAAUACCACACUCAAAUUCAUGUGAGGUCCACCAGAGGCAGGAACAAAGUAGGACGCAAAAUCACCGGCAUUGAGCCCCUACCUGGAGAGAACAAGAUUUUGGUGACCUCAAACGAUUCCCGCAUCCGCCUUUAUGACCUGAGGGACUUGUCUUUAUCCAUGAAAUACAAAGGUUAUGUCAACAGCAGCAGCCAGAUCAAGGCCAGCUUCAGGUGAGGAUGGCUCUCUUUC